GGUUUGGCAACAUUUUAUUGCCAAUAUUUACACGACAGGGUGAUAUGAAGCUCCCACGAAUUAAUUCUUUUACUGGUUUAUCUAGUAUGUUAGGGGCUUUAAAUUUUAUUAUAACUUGUAAUUGUUAUUUUUAUUCUACUUGUUCUGGUUUAGAUUCUAAGUUGUACAUAGAUUGGGUACUUCGUACGCCUAUGUUUGUGUGGGUUUUAGCAGGAGCUAUAACGAUGUUAUUAUUUGAUCGUAAAUUUGGAACAUCCUAUUUUGAUCCAUUAGGUGGGGCCCAUCACAUGUUUACCGUUGGAAUGGACAUAAAGAGUAUAUCAUUUUUUAGUGCUGUUACAGCACUAAUAGUAUUAUUCACACUUGGUGGUAUAACUGGAAUAGUUUUAUCUGCUUCAAGUUUAGAUAUUAGCUUGCAUGAUUCAUGGUUUGUUGUUGCUCACUUUCAUUAUGUAUUAUCGCUUGGUUCAUAUAGUACUGUUGUCAUUGGUAUUUUGUGA